GCCCUCAAAACGAUGCGUUUUGAAGGAUAAUAUAUCAAAACGGCGCGUUUAGAUCAAAACGAUGUGAACAGGACAGAGAAACCAGCAUCCUCUCUCGAAAGAACCCUCUGGGGGGUUGCAGGCAUGGCCAUGAAAGCAGCCCUGAUAAACUCUAACCCUAACUGCACGAACCUGAGGAGUGCCCUCUUUCAUUCAACUCCUGUAUUGGAUCGUAGAAGGCGCACACAUUGGAACUUUGGUGGAGGUGCUUCUAGAAAUUCAUCUCAGAGAUUCAAUUAUUAUGCAAGGUCCAGAAAACUGCAUGCAAAACAAACGCUAUUGCGCAAUGUCAGCGCCUAUGCUGAGUACCUAUUUCAGAGUGGGCAAUCUGAUCAUGAUGAAGACGAUGGAUUUUCAAGUAAAGGCCCUUCUUGGUUUAGAAAGCAGUACUGGGAUAAGGGAUCAAAGAGGGACCAGGGCAAUGCAGGACCCCAGUGUAGGAGUUGGAGGGGUUUCCAGUUCUGUGAAGAUGAUAUUGAAGUUGAGACAAUUUUGCGAUCUGCAUUUGGGGGGAGCCGAACCUUCUACUGGUCCUUUAUUAAUGAAGAAAAUCCUCAAUGGGGGAGCUCAUCAGGCUACAGAAAUAAUUACAGGUCCUCAUGGAAUUGGAGAGAUCGGAUGGAUGAGGAAUAUGGCUAUUCCACAGAUUCUGACAGUUCAGAGUCGGAUUUGGCUUCCCAUCGAAUGGCCCUGGGGUUGAGUGUUUCUGGUCCUUUGAAACUUGAAGAAGUUAAAAAUGCAUACAGAACCUGUGCGCUGAAAUGGCAUCCAGACCGUCACCAAGGCGCCGCUAAGGCCAUUGCAGAGGAAAAAUUCAAGCUUUGUAGUGCGGCAUACCAAUCCUUGUGUGAUAAGUUGGCUGUGGAUUAAAGAUUCUCCAAUAUGAAGGCACCCUAUGUCCAUUUCAACACUCUCAUAUUUCCAUAGAAUUAGAAGCAUGAACUCAAUUCAAAUGACAAUACUGGCAGUCAAGAUAUCAUCCCGGAGCUGCGCCCUUAGUUUCUAGAAUCCGAUCAUGAUACAGUGAGCCAUUUUACUUUGCUGGAUGUGUUACUGUCAUAUUCAUCUUAAUGCAAGUUAAUAUUAGUACACUGCAAGAACCAUUAGGAGUUAGGCCAUGUUUGGAUUCAUUUUUAAUAAAUUAGAAUCCCAAUUUUUUGGCUCCAUA